GAUCACCCAGAGAGGUUUGACUCCUGGAAACAGAUCCUGUGUAGAGAUGGUCUGACUGGUCGCUGCUACUGGGAGUUUGAGUGGGAGGGAAAGGUUUAUAUGGGAGUGACUUACAGAGGAGUCGGCAGGAAAGGCGACAAUUAUGACUCUGUUCUUGGAUUCAAUGACAAGUCGUGGACUCUGACCUGCUAUGAUGGUGGUUUCUAUGCGUGGCACAAUAACAAAUAUACAGCCAUACCUGCCCCCCCCUCCUCCAACAGAGUGGCAGUGUAUCUGGACUGGCCUGCUGGCUCUCUGUCCUUCUACAGCAUCUCCUCUGACACACUGAUCCACCUCCACACCUUCAACACCACCUUCACUGAGCCUGUGUACCCGGGGUUCAGGAUUUGGGAAUAUGGCUCCACAGUGUCUCUGUGUGACAUUUGAGGAGUGAAAGUCGCCUCCUGUGUGGAGAAACACUCACACUGCUUAUCAAAGACAUCUGCUUUGAAAUGAUAGCUCUCCACACGGUCAAAAAACCUGAAAUAACAGACAUCGAUGAUAGACUGAGUGACAGACUCAGGAGGCCACAAAAGCAGCCAAAAAGGAAGUGAGACAGCCACACAGGCCACAAUGCACACAUAGACCCCAGUACACACACAGGCCUCAGCACUGGAGAAGGCCACAUUACAGCCCAGACAAGACAGAGAGAGUUCCUCAAAGUCCAAAGCACAAGAACAUCGAGGAAAACACAGAAUCCCCACAACCCCAUUCGACCACUGAGGAUCCAGAAAGCAGUGGAAAACCAGAACUGCUCAUCGAAUACGACACCAACAUGUCACCAGUUCCCGAGUUAUCACCUCCAGCAGGAGAAACAAGCCCACAGAGGAAAACACCCAGAGAACACCAAGUCCAGCCUGGGAGACAACGCCCCAGGAGGAAACUCACCAAGAGCAUGGAAGGGCGCAAGGGAGUAAUUUAGUCUAGGACGCCAACAUAGGCACUGAUACGGAGGACAGAAAAUGAGAAACACCUCUGAAUAUAAAGUUGUCCAGUACAAGAUCUCUGCAAACUACAACCUCAGUAAUAAUUAAUUGUAGACAUCCUCCACACUGUCAACAUAAACUGAACAUU